UUUUAUACUAAAUUUAAUCUAAGUGUAAAAAUGAACUGUGACCAAACACUUGAAGAAUUAUGAAGUUCUCCUUCAAAUUCCAAAAUUCUAAAGCAUCAAAAUGAUACAUCAGAUCAGGCGCAAGGUAACUUAUCUCCUCAUAAGCAGAGGAGGAGUAGAAAGAAGGCAAACAUUAAAUUCCAGGAGACUCACAAGGUAACUCAUGAGAUAAUAGUCACUAAGGAAGGGUCUAAAAACUUCUCCAAUUUCCAAGCCAACAGAUGUUUUUCUCCACAUGAAAAUUCAGUCCAUUUAGACAACUCUGAGUGGACUCAGGCUCGUAAGGGAUCUCUUGACGUCAAGAAGAUAUUCAAUGGUAGGAACUAUGCCUCGAAGGUAGUUGCCAAGAAUAAGCUAGAGGAGCUGAAACUCAGGGACAAUGACUUUCUCACCCCUAGCAAGUCAACUGCAAUCCCUAUAACUUCUCCUACACGAAGUAUCAUUAAAUCUACCAAUGGGAAUUCUCCUUUGCUGAAUCUUACAAAAAUGCAGAAGCCUCAUAAAAUCAGUGAGGAAGAAGCUAGAGAGAAGAAAUGUGAUAGACUCACAAAGCAGAUGAGACAACUUAAAAUGACUAUCAGAUUUAUAUAGAGUACAUCCAGACUAGCUUGAUCAUCCUGACAAUAAUCCUUAAUUUCUGAGCACUCAGAAUGUACGAAAAUGAGCAUUUCGAUAAAGGAGAGGAUCAGAUUGAAAGUGGAGGUAUUGAAGAUGUCCGUCUCACAAAACUCGAGACUCAGAAUGACAUUCUCAGAUAUAUCAGUGUAUCCAUCUCAGGCUUUGUAAUAUUCCUAGAGGUCUAUGUAUAUGGCUGCUCAAAAAGACAUUACGAAGAACUAUACGAUGAUCUUACUUGAGUAACCAACUAUACUCCAAAAAUGGUGAUGUAUCAACAAAAUCUAUUGCUGUUUGCCUUCAGAUUGGGCCUUCUUGUAAUCAACUCUGUGCCUAAGAUGAAUGAGUUCAUUACUGGCAAGAUGCUAGGAGGGGAAUAUAGGUACACUUCAAACGUAAUUAUCUUCAUGAUCAUUAUGUUCAGGGCUCCCCUCUGUGUGAACUCCUACAUCUUCAGUACAGAGUGGAGUAGUGAAAAGUUCACAAAUUGCUUGAAGAAGGUGGAAAUGGAUUUGACAUACACUUAUUUCCUAAAACUUGAGGCUAAAUACCAUCCUUUGAGGCUCAUACUGGUCUUCUCAAGCUUACUGUGCAUUUAUUGUGGAGUUACACUUUAUUACCUGGAAAGAUCUUUUGAUGCAGACUUUGCACCCUCCUGGAAUAAAGGAAAUCCAUACAAUAAUCUCUGGCUUUCUGUAGUGACUAUGACAACUGUUGGAUACGGAGAUGGAUACCCAGCGACAUAUUUAGGAAGAGUCGUGGCUGUCAUUGCUUGUAUAGGAGGAAAAAUCAUCAUUUCUUUCCUCUUAUCCUUCCCUUUCUUCCCUCUAAUUGAGCUGUAUCUGGGAGAGAGAUAGUUUCUAGACGCAUAAACCCACAAUAAUUGAGUAAAAACCUUGUC